AAACAUUUCAGUUUGAAAGUAGCUUCAAGUUAAGGAAAAGAUAACAUGACUUCCUCGCUGAGGUUUCAGUUGCUGAUUUGCCUGAUGGUGUACGCCUCAAGCGUACAAUCAAUCAUGGUGAAGUACGGCACCAAGGAUGGACCCAUUGAGCCACCGACGCCCGAACCGCUGCCUCCGCCGCAGCCGUACCGGGCGCCAGCUCCGGUCUGGGAAGAGAGAUCAGACGAUGCACCAGACCCUAAUGCCCAUUGGAAACCUCAGCUCUUCAUACCUCAACCAAGAUACACACAGGUUAUCUUCAAUUCACCUGCACCUACUCAGCCACCUCUAAACAACGCGCAGCGCUUCGUCAAUUCAUACAAACCGACAUAUCAACCAAUCAAAGCCCAGCCGAUUCAUGACUAUUUGACACCUGCUCAAAUACUCAGUUCUAGAAGCAUACCCGGCGUCGGAAUCCGCUAUUUCGUUCCCGCUUACGUCAAUGACUUACAAGCUAGAAAGGACGAUAAAAGGAAAGAAGAUUCAAAACAUAACGAUAUUGAAACUAAUGACAUUAGUGAAACAAACCAAGAAUCCAGUUCCGAUCUGCUUUGGCAGUAUGAAAAGGAAGCCACGAAAAGAAAUCUUAGAAACACGUUAGAAGGCACAGCGAGAUCGAUCUAUGUGUGGCCGGCGUACGUGCAACCUAGGCAUUAAUAUGAAUUAGUUGUUUAUAUGCUUAGAUUUUAAAUUUAUGUAAACACCACAGAAGGUAACUUGAAUUGGUUGAUGCAGAGAGAACACCAGUAAUAGCGUUUUUAAUAUUGACUCGCAAGGAAUAAAAAAGAAACAUUAAAAACGUUAAUACCUUAUUAAGUAUAUUUGUAGUAGAUAAAAUGUUUAAGUUGUCAUAUAACUUUGACGCCAGUUUUUAUUAUUCAAUAAUAUCCUGGUUUUAUUUGAAAUUAUUACAUACAUCAGAAUUUAUAUAAAGCAAAUCAUGUCUAUAAAAAUGAUCCACAGUUCUACUAAAUUUGAACACGGUUACAAUAAAAAUAUUAUAAUUAUGUAAUAUGUAAAGUUUAACUUACGAUUUCACACCAAAAUUCAGACAUAAAAGUCAAAAAUUGCAAUCAACGGCUGAGUCACGUAUGUUUUUGUACUAAACGCUUAAAAAGAUCAUAAUUUGUUUGAUUUGAUCUUUUAUGUUUAAGUUUUGUCAUAUUUAAAGAAUUAAAAAAAAAUGUUCAUGAAUCCUAACAUGAAUAUUUAAUCUGUGGUGUUUUAGUUAGCUAGCGUAAGAUAAAAGUGCCAGAAGUUUAUCGAUAUUCAUGUACAAUUUAUGCAUAAUAUUUCUGUUAUUGUAUUGUUUUUAUUAUUAACGUUUAUUAAUCAAAGUUGUUAUUAUAUAUGUUACAAAUGUGUGCACUUUAACUCUAUGAUAAUAUUAUAUCCAAGCUAUUUUUCAUUGACAAAUAUGAAUCAACAUGCGAUAAUUUAUUUUGUUCUUGUGUGUUAGUACUAACACAUACAUUUACUUUUUGGAAUGGCGCAAACAUAAUACGCUACAUUAUUCACUUCUCAUUUGAAAUAUUGACCGUUUUAUAACACUGAUUACAAAUUACUUGGAAUUGUAGUUGCGGGUUUUACAAUAUAUUUAUUGGUAUCGUAUAAUUUAAAAGUAAACAAGAGUUUUUGUUUUUUUUUCUUUUCUUAUUUUAAUACAUUUCCAUGAAAUUUUAGUCGUAAAAAUGUUAAACUGAAUAUAAAAAAAUAAUUAUCUUUUGAGUAGACUAUUACUACAAAUGUCACAUUUUUGUGUUAUAUUUAUAGUUUACGUAAAUGUAAUAUUAAUUUUAUUAAAAUGUAAUAUAUAUUUCUUACUCCACACAUUAAGAUCAUAAACAACAUUUAUCCUACAAAGAAAUAAAAUGAACAAAACGUUUUCUUAACGUUAAAAUUCUGAUUAAUUUACGGUAAUAAUAAUGCUAAUGUUACCUUCAAAACACAGCAUUCUGUAAUGUUAUGUUUUAUCACAUUGAUGUAUUACUACAAUCAGCAGAAUUAUUCUGUAAGAACGAACUUGUAACUCACUCAAUACAAAUACGUGAUUUUUCAAAAAUUCAAUGCAAAAUAAAAAUAAUUGUAACAGUUAAAAGAUACACGCGUUAAUUUCAUAACUUCUAAAGUCGAUUUUCAAAAUUUUACGAGUGAGAUAUGGAGUGAGUUCUACAGAAUAGUAUUGCUGACAUCGAAAGCGACAUUCAUGACGUAUAACAUUUUUUCUGUGUCGUUAUUUUUUGCUUAUUUAGUAUUUCAAUGAUAAUAUCCUACACGAUUAAAAGCAAUUAUCAUUACCAUAUAAAGAAGUGGCUUAUAUAUUUUGUUAUUAUAUAUAAUGUAUACAACGAACAUAGGUACAUAGUAUUUUAAUUUGUCGAAAAUCAAGUUGGUCGUUAGCAUUCAUAUGAACAAUGUCAACUGCGUAUGUGUUUUUUCCCCAUGUUUUUUUAUUGAGCAUUUGGCUCGAUCUUAACUCGAAUAAUUAUUAGGUUCUUCAAUUUAAAAUAUCUUGUUUGAUUUGAGAACGUUGCCUUCCUCAUAAUAUAUCGUAAUAUAUUGCGGUUAUAUAAAUAAGUAUUGUUCCUCGUUCAGUCAUUAGAUGACGAAUUAUUUUGUCGUUUACCCAAAAGAUACGAGAUAGAAAAACAUGCCAUUAGUAAUAUAAGAAAUGAAAUAACAAGGAAAUGAAAAGAAUUCCGUAAGACAUAUUGUUCAAACACAUCUUAAACUCAUACAUUUUAGUCUUGGAAAUCAAUCAGAAGUGAAACGCUUACUUAUAUUAUUGUAUACGUUUGUAUAGUUACGUCUUUUUCUUUUGAAAGUCAAAUUACUGAUGAUAGAAAGAGACAAAUCGGUGGAAAUUUAAUAUAUUCACACGCAAAUCUAUGUUUAUUAAUAAUUUUGUUUUGUUUUACAAAAUAUAUUAUAGAAAUCAGAAAUUGACUGAAGCAACUAGAAUUAAAGACGUAUAAACUAUAAUAUUAUCCAACAAUUUGUUCAGUCAGUUUGUCAGUCCUGUUUAUUUUUUUAUUGACCGAAAUUGAAAGACAAAUUUGUCGUAAAAAUGUCGCGUGUUAUGUUUGCGCAGGCCCUAAUUUAUUUUUAUUAUUGUACGUGUUAUUUGAAGUCACAUAGCGUAAAUGAUUGUUACAUCUUGCCUUACCUUGUAUUUUGUACAACUUUUUCAAAUGAAAAUGAUUUUAUCGUUUCAAUUCCGCUUGUAAUAAUAAGGGCUAGUGUAUGUGAUUGUUAUAUUUUUAACUUUUUAUUUUUAAGAUUUUAUUUGUAUUUCAUUGAUUAUCGCAAGUUCUAUGAGAAUAACAUAUGUAUAUAGAUAGAUAGUUACUACAAAAUAUCUUGCUUGUAAAUAUGUACAAUAAAGAAACAAUUUAAAUAA